UUGGUGUUUGAGGCGAGAGUGAUUGAACAUAACCGGCCGGCCACAAAAGGAUCAACGGAGGGACAAAAACAAAAUAGGCUGCACGUCACACACCGGGCCAGCUUUCAUUGAAACAAAACGCAGCACAAAGCUGCUGCAUCGAUGAAGUAGCUACACAAUCGAAUGCAGUACUGGGGAUACGUUGCGUUUUAUUCUGAUGGAAAACGGGUCCACGUCUCCUCCCUCCUCCUCCAGCCCGUGGCGCCUGGCCGAGAGGCGAGCGCGCAAGGCGGGUUCUGGGAACAUCUUCAGCAAUGUGAACCUUUGGCAGCUCCAGAGACUUUUUAGGGCGGCCGGUGACCAAGAUGCGGAGCAGAGGGCUCAGCUGGUUUGGGGACACAGGGAUGAGGCUGAGCUGGCCCAGGCCUUGGUUGGUCUCAGGACCCGGAGUCACCGCAGAGGCCUGAGGACAAACAGGAGGGACGUGCUGGGCACACACUGGCUGCGGGCCUUCAAUCAUCUCAGGAUUGGAGAGGGCUUCCAAACCAGUCAGGAGAAGUACUCUGGUGACGAGACCGAUUCAGAGGCCGGAGCUCACAUAAGCGAAGAGCCACAUCAGCCCGCUACAACUGAGCUCACGGGAGGUACCACAUGCGUCUCAGUCGUACUAAACGAGAGCCGAGGCCUCAGAAGGUCGUCCGAGAGACCGCCUAGAACUGGUUCAGGCCCGAGAAGAGGUGGUGAGAGCGACCCCGAGCGAUACCUCCACAGAGUACAACACUGACUAUGUGAAGAAAUCAAAGAAACUUGGACCAAGAGCAUGUUUGAUGAACUUUUAGGAUGUGCAAUGUGUUCACUGCUCGGUGGCAUAAUAACAGCACCACUUAGUCCAUACAGGGUCCUCGGUUUAUAAAAAAAAAAAAAAAACUCCGCACGGUGAACUCGUUUGUGCAAUGGCGUGCGAAGAAUAUGUCGUCUUGGAGCUAAUGAAUGCACAUUUAAAUACUCUCCUACUUGGGGUUUUUGUUUUAGAUUUAUGGCCUACAACUGUUUUUUUAUACAAAAUAUUGUCUAAUUUUGACUUGACUACUACAUUUAAGAUGGACUGGUGUGUUUUGAUUUUUUUUUUUUAUAAAAGUCUGUCGUACACAACAUCUCUUUUAGAGUAUACUAAACAUUACUAAAAGUAUUGUUGGGAUGGAAUGAACACUUUUACAUGUAUGUGUCUAACCUUAUCAAGUACUGACUAAUAUUUAAGCCUUUCAUAAUAAAGUGUUUGCAUGAA